GUGCCUCAACCGCGGAAAAUAAAGGUACUUCAGUAGUUCAUCAAACUGUAUACGCUUCUUUGCAUGAAUAUGUGACAAUAAAAAAGUUAAUAUAGAGCAAGUCAAUGUCGUUGUCUGCUAAUGAUGAAUUAGCUAAUGAAAGCGGAGGAUUUGAAGUUGAAAUUGUUGAUCAAUUGCUGUUGAAAUCCUGUCAAAUAUGUGGUCGUACUUUCAAUCCUAAAUCUUUGGAACGUCAUGAAAGAAUUUGUGAUAAAGCAAAAAAAUCUAACAGUAGAACUGUAUUUAACUCAUUUCUGCAAAGGGCAAAAGAAAUUAGUGCUGUUCCAGUGAUAAACGAUAACAGAGAAACAAAGAAAAAUUCAAAGGGGAAAAAGGAGGAAAAUGCCAAUAGCUUAAGAAGAACCUCAGGUGAAAAGAACCAGGCCAAUGCUCUGAAUAAUGGAGUUUCUCCUAAAAAGACUAUAUCAGCAGGCUAUGAACAAUGUCCUUCAUGCUCCAGGUGUUUUAGUCAGAAAGCAGCUGAUCGCCACAUUGCUUGGUGUCUUGAACAACAAAGUAGAUUACCUAAAACGCCUCCUAAUUCAGAAGCGUUAGAGAGGUUAAAAGCAAGAGUUAAAUAUCGUGCCCCAUUGCCUAUUAAGAAGAAUAAUAAAGAUUUUGGCAAAAGACUGGUGAAGUCUGCUGAUUCUGUACGUGAGUCUUCCAGUUUACGUACCCAUUCUUCUCCUCCUAUAUCUGGAAGUGAUGCUAGUCAUUCAAAACGGUGCACAUUAAACAACAAGUCUGUUCCAAAGACAUACAAAAAUUUAGAAAGGAGUGUGCCAUUUCACUUUGCGCAUAAUACUACAACAAAUUUGCUUUGUUCUAAAAUAAAUGAGCAAGAAGUCAAACCUAAAAAGGCUGUCAAAUUUAAGGAAAAAUUCCCAGUGUAUAAUAAAGAAAGGAAUACGAAUCUUGAUAUGCUUGCAGCACUGAGACUAAGACUUUCAGAAUUAAACACAUCAGAAGAGCUUUUAGAUGAAUAUAUUCUAAGAUCUAAUGAAAGUGAACAUCUUAGAAAUAACCAUUCCAAAAUGUACAGUUUCCCUGCACCAGAAGAGAUGAUUAAAGAUCCUUGGACUAGUGAUGGUGAAAUGCAACACAGUACUAGCAGCAGCAGUUCUGGAUCUCUUCCUUCUGUUAAUUGUAGUGGGAACUCAGGAAAGCGUAUGCCUCGUUUUUGUUAUAAUUGUGGAACUAAAUAUCCUAUUAUCAGUGCCAAGUAUUGCUGUGAAUGUGGAGCCCGAAGGUUUAUCUUUCUUGGUAAUGAGAAGCAUUUAGUUGUUGCCUAAGAAUUACCAAAAUUCUGUUUCUUUUAUUGGAUGCAAUUGUGUGGAAGAGAUUACAAUGUAAUUAUUAGGAAGAAAAUAUGGAGGUUGUGUUUUUCAGGCACAAAGUACUUAAAUUUGAGCAUUUUAAGAAUGAUUUUUAUAAUUGUAUUACGUCUAAAAGUUUUGCUUGUAAUUCUGAUUUCAAGUUCCCCUCUCUCUUUUUUAUCAAAAUAAUUUUUUAAAAAAAACUAGUUGAUUAGAAAUGAGUUAUUUUAAUCUGAAUUGCUUCCACUUUUAGUUCAGAAUGCCAUUACGCAUUUGUGUUUUGGAUUUAUUUCAUUUUAAAACAUAUAAUACUUUAUAAAAAAUAUAAUUUAUGUUUUUUUGGGGGGGGGUCAAAAUAUGUUUGUUGUGCAAAAGAUUUGAAUUGUGUAUACAUUGUAUUUACAAAUUGUGAAGUUAAGUAGUAUACCUUUCAAAUAAAUUCCUCAAGAAGCAGAUUGUGAUAAAAAUGCUAAUAUAUACUCCUUAAUAUAACUUUUUCUCAUUUGUUUAAUAGAAAUUACAGCUUAGAAACUGUGUAGAAAAUAGAUGUAAAAUUUUCGUCAGCUGUAAGCUAUUGGAAAACUGAAGUAUUAAGCUGUCCACCUUAAUUAAUUAUCAUGAAGAUAAAUGAAAUAUGUGAAAUGAUGAUAGCGUAUUUUUAACAGCUGCAAACAAAUUUGUAAGAGGCUGAUAGUUUUAAAAACAUGUAUGUAUUUUUAAUUAUUAACUCAUUUUUUAAAAAUUGGCCAUAUUGAAAUGAAGCUAUAUAGUCAUCAAUUUUAUAGAUAUGUAUGUAUUUUUUAAUCGACAAUUAUGUAAAAAUUCUUUAUUAAGAGUUCUGAUUUAUAAGAAAACUAGCACAUACUUCAUAAUCAUUUACUGAAUAAAAAUGAAGGAUGCUAAUGAUGAAAGCUACUUAAAGAAUUUUAUGGAAGAGUUGAUGAAAUAAUUUUUUAGCUAAAAUAUGUGAUUAAUAACUCCAAACUCUUAGCUCGGAAUAAGAUUUGAUCCAAAAUACUGGUUUAUGAAUAUUAUAGUAAAUUAUAAUGGUAUUUAAGGCUUGCAAAUGUGAUUCAUUUAUAGUAUUUUAUAACUACUAAUAAAAUGAGCUUGUUUAAUCUUAAUUUUUUUUUUCAUCCUUUUACUAGCAGCAAGUGCAUUCUGUAAAUAUAUUUAUCACUAUUAAGUAAUAUGUCAUAUAUAGAUAAAAGAAAAAAAAUCUUCUAUUACAAAAUCAAAAUAUAAACAGUGUUACUAUUUUUAUAACAGCUUUUGUUGAGAGUUUGAGAAAGAAUUUUCAAAAUGGUAAUUAUUCUCAAGUUCCCCCCCUUUUUCUUUUGUUCUAAAAACACAUUUUUAAAAGAAAAGUAUUUUGUAAUCUUUUAUGUGCUAGUUUUUUAAGAAAGAUCUGUUUUAGUUUGAUGCUUCAGAAAAAAGAUACUUUUAUCAUCAUUUUAUUUUGAUUGAUUGCGGUAAAAUAUUUUUAAACAUAAGAAAUAAUCCUUUUAUAUUAAUUAUUUCAGAGAACAAAGAACAAAACAAAAUUACGCGUUUAAAAAUCUUUAUUGACAGCAGUAACUUUGAAAACAAGAACACUCUUAUAUGACAUAAUAACAUAUUUCAUCGAGUGGAUGCUAAUAGAUAAUCUUAGUGCACAUAUCAUUUUGUAGAAAACUGGCACAUAUUAUCUUGUAAUGAAAACUACGUGUUUUUAUUCCUAUUUAACUUUUUAUAUUAAUAAUUCUUAACAGGCUUAAAACAGGCUUUAUCAAAGUUAAUUUCAAAAUUUUUAAUUUUGAAAAGUAAUGCAUUAAUGAAUUAUAAAAAAUGUGUUAUAUAUAAAUAAUUUAUAUUGUAUAUAAUUUAUAACUUUCAAUAAAUGCAAAGUAAAACAUGGAAAUUAGAGAGCAAAUUCAACAAUAAAAUUUGUCCCUUUUGGCACCACUUAUUAUUGAAUCACUUUAUUAGAACAAAAACUUGCUGACAAGUGCAAUUAUUGAAUGUUUUUUGCUACUAAUUAUUCAUUAAUAGUACUUUUUAUAUACUGGACUAUAGUAGCAGUAAAAGGGCACUUUUGUAGCUCUGUUGAAAUGAAGAAUAACUGUUCAUCCGUCCACUUCAUUUUUUAUCCUUAAAUUCUUUUUAAAUUGUGAUAUUAAUAUUUAUAAAUAAAACAAAUAUCUGUUGAUAAUAAUCAAAUCUAUCAAUCUUUAAUAAUAAUCAAGUAAUUUUCUAAAAUGUUGAAUGCUUAACUAACUGAGAACUACUUCAAAGUAUAUUUUUAUUAGCAAUCUAUUAAUAGUUCAUUUUUAAUAAACCAUUCACCAUUAGGAAUAAAUUUGUUAUUAAUUUAACCAUGAUUACCAAUGAUUAUAUUUAAUAUAUAGUACAUAUAUGCACUGUAUUUGCUAGCAUGCAAAUGUAAGUGAAGUCACCAGUUAUAUAACAUGAAUUUCAAAUAAGAAAAUAUUAAUAAUAGUGAAAAUUAUAUCAGAGAAUGGAAAAAAAAGAAAACAUUUCUGAUAAACAUUAUUUUUCAACAAUGUUACCAGUUACUACUAUACCUUUAUCUAAAUUGUUUCCAUUUUUCAUCCAGUUCUUGAAGAAAACUUAUUGUACUUUUUUAAUCUCAUGUAUUUAGCAACUUCAGUAUCAUAUGAAAAAUAUCUCACUUUUUAAUGUCUCUUUCAGUUUUUUUUUUGAACAACCAAUAUCCAUGUUCCAUCGCUUGCCUUUUAUUCACAUUUGUACAACAGUUGUUAUUUUAUAUUUGUGAUUUCAAUUGACAAAUAACCUUCUAAUGUCAAAAACUCUUACUACUAAUCAUUGUUUUAUAUGUAAAUCAGUAACAGUACACUUGGCUAAUGAAUUCUGAUAUUUACCGAGUAAAAUAAAGCUAAACUGUUUUGCCUGUGACAAUUGAUGCUACCGAAAGCAUGUGAAAAAGAUUUUCUUUGCAUCACGUGGCAUUGCUUAAUGCCACGUGAUGAGAAACCUUACUUAUAAAUCAAUGAACAUAUGUAAUUUAUUAAAUACUGCUUCAAUAAUUUUUUUAUGUUCCCAUGAAUUAUAAGCAUUUUAAUAGAAUGUAGUAAUGUAUCACUUUACAUUACUACAUCUGUAAAUAAUUAAAAUGAUUAUUUAUGCUGUAAAGAGCUGUGUUAAAUCACAGUUUACUUGUAGAGAAGAAACAGAAGAUUAAUAUUUCAGAAAUUCUGCUUGCAAUACAUGAUAGAAUCUGCAAGUUUUAAUGAAGGAUUUGUCCUUCAGUAAUAUGUGCAUUUCACCUGGCAAAUUACUUUUCUGUGAAAUGGAAUUUGCAAUUUAACAAAAAGUAUAUUGAUGUUAUUAGUUAACUGAAUUUAUAUAUCCUGUGGUCAUGCUAAGGAAAUUUUGAUAAAAAUGCUAAAGUAAAAUCCAAAGGAGACACAGUUAUAACAUGCCAUGAGAAUUUUCUGGAAGCCAAUUCUCUGAAAAGGAAAAAAAUUAAUGGAAAACAUGUGAUUGAAGAGCAUUCAUGAGGUAUUCAUUUCCAAUCUCUGAAAAUCUGUUUGCUGUGCGAGUAGAAUCCGUCAAGUAUUGCCCAUAGUUCUUCCACAAAAAGUUGUCCCACGAAAUCCAACUAGUAGCAAUUUUUUACCAGCUACAAGAGAUGCCAUAUAGAGAUUUAUUACUGUUUGGGAAAACACUGCAUGUUUUUUUAUCAUGUAUUGUAAAAAUCAGUCCCCCCCAAAGAAAUUAUAGAAACUUAUCGCUAGUAGUUUUUUUUUUUAUUUUUUUUAAAUGUGUGUAUGGGGAAGCCAUAUAACAACACAUGCAUUUACGAUUUUUUACUUACAUAAUAUAUUUUGGUUAUUUAAUUGAAUGAAUUGUUAAUCAAAGUAUUACAUGUGAGCAUGCAAAAUGAAAUAUAUAAUUUUUUUCAUAUUCAUGUUACAAAAAUGUGUUUCAAUAUAUGCACACAAUAACUUUUCUUUUAGUCAUGAAUAAAUAGCCUACUGUUAAGAAAAGCCUUCACUUUCAUUGUUGUCCAUUAACAGAAAAGUGCUGUUAUUAAAUAAUAGAAUAUUUGCUGUUUAAUUUAAAAUUAAAAAAUUAUUCACAAAUGACAUAUGUCUGUAUGUAUACAAAUUAGACCACUUUAAAUAUUUUUUUAACAAUUUUGCUUUUAUCAUUUAAACCAAGUAUUUACAAACAUUAAAUACUCAGUUAUAAAAGUAAACUUUAUGAUAGCUUUUGAUAUAUUUAAAAGUUGUAAAUAAUGUUGUGAUGCAUUUUAAUUCAUGUAAAACAAAUUAGUUUUCAAAUAUUAAUGUAUAAUUUUCAAUUAAUAGUUGCCAUUUUGUAAAUGUAGGUUAUGUAAGUUAUAGAGUAGUAAAAUACUGUGUAGUCUACCGCCACAUUUAUUUUUCAAAACUUGAGUUUUAUUUGAUUGAUAUUUCAUUUUGGUAAUAUGAAAAAAAUUAUCAAAAUUUUUUAAAAAUAGAGAUAUAUUGAUUUUUAAAAAAUAAUUUUUCUUCUCUAUUAAUCAUUAUAAUAACUACGGGCAUUCCAUACAUAUUAUAUGUAAUGCUAGGAUAAUUUAUUUUCCUGCAGUAAGGAUAGUCAUUGAUAAUUCCAUAUUAAGUGUAUGUAUUUAAACACAUUUUUUUUUAAAUUAUGAUCUAGUCAUUUUAUUUGUCAUGCAUACUAAUUAUAAAUUUAUUUGUAUAUAUAUUGAUAUAAAUUAAUAGCUAAAAGAUUUCUAGUCAUUUUUAUAACUAAAAGAAAAUGCUAUUUAUUUGUUAAAUUUUAAUCUUUCUGUAUAGAAAUAAAAUGUUUAAAAAAUGCCCAUUGAAUUUUAUGCAACAAUUUUAAGUUAUAAAUUAUAUAUGCGAUUUUAUGUUAAAAAAUUUAUGUAAAUUAAUGUUUUGUAAAACAUUAAAGAAUUUUCUUUUAAUUAUUUUUUCUAACUGUACAUGAUUUAAAUAUAUCAGUCAAAAUAAAUACCUUAUCAAAAA